GGCCAAUGCACCUGAUAUAAGUGAAGGCCGUCUUCCUUUGACAAUUGCCGCCACGCCUGCGGUCAUCCUGCAAAUUACUACAGAUUUACCUCUUGUCUUUUUGCAGCUUUGCAGGUCUCGCUGCUCUCGCCAUGGGCUACUACGGCGGCCUGGGCCCGAUGACCAAUGGGGUCCAUUGGGCAGAGACCAUUAUCAUUGCUAUCUUUGUGGCACUCAGACUGUAUACACGACAGCACAUAUUAAAUGCUGUGGGUGUUGAUGACUAUCUAUGUUGUCUGGCACUGGUCCUUCAUAUCCUGUACACCAUCUUCGUCAGCAUUGCCAGCCACUACGGCCUGGGAAGACUGGCGGCUGAUGUCGGCGAUAUGACUGUAUACUUCGAGGCCGUCAAGUAUGAAUUAUUCAGCCAGGUCGCUGGGAUUAUGGUCAUCGGGGUGGGCAAACUGGCUGUUGGAACAUUCUUGCUGCGGAUCAUACGCAACAAGGUGCAAAUCGCCUUCAUCCACGUCUGCCUUUUUAUCACCGUCGUCAUCACUUUGUUCGCCAGCAUUACGGUCGUCGUGCAGUGCUCGCCGGUCGAGAAGAGCUGGAACCCAACCGUCAAGGGGCAUUGUUGGAUCAACUUCUCCAAUGUUGGAUACACUGUCGGAUCAUGGUUCGUUGUCAUGGACUUCUCAUUCGCAAUCCUCCCGUGGUUCGUUGUCUGGGACCUCAACAUGAAGCAGAAGGAGAAGAUCACCGUGGCCUGCGGUCUCAGUCUUGGAAUAUUUGCCGGUGCUUGCGGUAUUGUCCGCACUGUGGCCCUCUCGGGUCUGAACGCCUCUGAGUAUAUUUAUGAUACUGUUCCAAUGCUCAUCUGGUCCGCUACCGAAAGCUGCGCUACAAUAAUGUGCUCAUCGAUCCCUGUCUUGCGACCUCUAUACACACGCCUCCGGUACGGCAAGGAUGGCAAGGGAAGCUCCACUGGAGACUCGAGCUACAAACUCCCCAUGUAUCGCAAAGGCGGCAGCUAUGGGAGAUUUUCAAAAUCAGGAAUAGACACCUCUCUCACAGCAACCGAAACCGUCUACCCAAAGACCCUGAUCACUCCAGGGACCAAGAAUGGAAGCAAGGAGGAUAUCCUUAGCGGUGCUGCUGGUAUCGAGAGGACAGAUGAGAUUUCGGUCAGCUAUGAGCAGUUCCAAGGGAAGGCGUAAAGCACUGGUUAUAUAGUCAGUGGAUGGAUUCAUUUACACUUUGUUAUUCUCUUCAUUGUCGUUUUUAUUUUUGAUUUGGGCUUAUACCUACGGAUGUGGAAACUAUCUUCUGCUGUCAUUAUACUUAAUUUGUCUAUGUUCAUCAAAGCACUGCCGUGGAUUUGAAUAUUUAUUUGACCCCAUUCUCGUCUUCAUUGUCAGACUAAAUGUACUUGCUUGGUUGCUACGAGACAACACACUCCAAAACAACCGUCAUACAGCCAAUCUACUUGACAAAGAUGUAGG